AUGGAGAAGACGCGCCUAAUGGAAAUGCUCUUUAUUACUUUCAAUCACAACGUCACUUUCCUGGGGAAGACGUGGUUGAUCUUAAUGGUGGUCCUGAGACUACUCAUCCUCCUGUUCUCUGGCUAUCCCCUCUUCCGGGACGAGCAGGAGCACUUUGUGUGCAACACCAUCCAGCCGGGCUGCACCAACGUCUGCUUCGACGGCUUUGCUCCCCUCUCCCUCUUCCGCUUCUGGCUGUUCCAACUGAUCAUGCUCUGUCUCCCUCACAUGAUGUUCAUUUUGUAUAUCGUCCACAAAGUAUCGUCAGCUCUUCGUAUCGGAGGGAACUAUUUCCCCGGCAGCAGAAGUCCAGCAGGGGCUCUGUGUACCCAUCAACAUUCCCUACCAAAAGGGACGCCUAACUUUCUAAGGGCCUACCUCCUGGACCUGCUACUACGUAUCUUACUGGAGGUAGCGUUCAGUACCGGACAGUACUACCUCUAUGGCUUCUCUGUCCCCAGGCGCUUCCAGUGCUACGAGUCCCCCUGUACGUCCAUGGUGGAGUGCUACAUAUCCAGCCCCACAGAGAAGACCAUCAUGCUCAACUUCAUGCUGGGGGCUGCCUUCCUGUCUCUGCUACUGAGUCUGGCGGACUUGAUGUGCUCAGUGCAGCGCAUGGUGACACAGGGGAGGAGAGAGGAGGAGCUGAAGGAAGGCGGACUGUUCAUGAAUGAAGGAGUUGGGGAGGAUAUUGAAGUCCUGUACACCCAGAACGCUCUCAAAACUGUCCUAAAGAGAGGACAAAGUCACAUUGACAAACCGACCUCGAGGUGUAUUCCAAACAGUGACCUUUCACACGGACGAGUGAGAAUAAACAAUGAGACCCAGGUAAGGGUGGCUGCCCCACCCCUGCAGGGGAGAAGGCCACCACGGAGAGCUGCAAGGAUGGAGCCUCCGCCGCCAUUGAACGGUCACUUUGUUCAUCCAAACCACAUCUCCCAUUCAUCUCCAGUCCCCCUCUCCCGGGGGUUAGAGAGAAACCCAGUGGUAGUCUCACGCCAGUCUACCCCCUCGCCAAUGAACAGUGGCCGGCGGCACGGCUGCUACAACGUGGUAGACGCAACACUCCUGGAGCAGCAUUCUGAUAGUGCAGAGUCCCGUGACAGACUCCAGGAGGAAGUCAUCCUGCAGGAAGUGGGGGUAAGGGGCACCUCAAGCUCCUCCAGUGGUUCUUCUUCCUCGUCAGAUGCGCAAUAA